GGCCGCUUCCCAAAUCACAACGCUCCAGAGGAUCCAGAGGAUCAGACACCGAGACGCAGAACCAAAGAAGAACUACAGCAGAUCUACAAUCUACAACUUUCUCUUCGGUUAUUUACUGGGGGCAUUAAAGGGAAUUAAGGACUGAACAUUUCUCACUAUGGGAGUUAAGAGACUUCACAGCUACAUCGAGAGCAACAGUGAUUUCCUGAAGCCACGCUGCUUUAGAGAAAGCAGACUCAUCAUCGAUGGAUCCAAUUUGUACUACAAUCUGUACUUCAGGUCACACGUGGACCAAGCACACGGUGGAGAUUACGAUGACUUUGAGAAAAUCGUUACGCUGUUUUUCAGAAAUCUCAGAAUGUGUGAUAUUGAGCCCUACGUGGUGCUCGAUGGAGGGGCCGAUGUCAGUGGCAAAAAAUUUGAAACCCUGAAGACAAGAUGCUGCGAAAGGAUCAUAAGAGCCAAUGCCUUGUCCAGGGGCCGCUCAGGAGAAAUACUACCCAUUCUGACCAAACAUGUCUUCAAGCAGAUCCUCGGAAAACUAGGAAUUCCCUUCAUUCAGUGUCUGGCAGAGGCGGAUUGGGAAGCAGCUGCGUUGGCCAGCGAGUGGAACUGUCCUGUUCUGUCCAACGACAGCGAUUUCUACAUCUUCAACAUCAAGAGUGGAGUUUUGCCCAUUGAUCAUUUCCAGUGGUGGAAAGUGAGCAAGCUAAGACACAAUAGUAAAAAUUUCAUCCCUACCAAGUCGUACCGUGAUCUAAAUCUCUGUGCUGCUUUUAACCGCAUGAAUAAAUAUAAUCUUUCACUUUUUGCCGUCAUUCUGGGAAACGACUACACCAAACUGGACAAUAGUGCUUUUCCAAACUUCUCAAAGUUCUCAACUAGACCUGGAGCAACAGCCCAGGUCGAUGGCGUACUCGUGUGGUUGUCAAAGUUCCCCGGGCCGAAAGAAGCCAUCGCUGCUCUCCUCAGCCCCCUGGGGAAGAACAAGAAAUCAGACAGCUUACGAAAAGAAAUAAAUCAGGGGAUGGCAGAGUACAGACUCCGCCCCAGCUCCAUUGGUCAGUUCUUCAUGAGCGGAGAACCUCAGAGCGUUCCUCCAGGCCCUUUACAGAAUCUUCCAGCCUGGACUCUAAAACCUCUGGCAGAAGGUAAGCUGGCUUCCACCAUCAUUGAAGUUGUGACACUGCAGAGGGUCAUGCUGAACCCCCAGGUGGAGGACUUUGAGCUGAGCAGCAGCAGCGAGACGUCUCGUCUGAUACGACAGGUGAUGUACGGCAUACUGCUGUGUACCAGGUGGCAGAAGGUGAAGAAAGGCAGCAGGUCUUCUGGAGACGAACAGCAGACCGAUGUGGAGGAAUACAGCAGGCAGAAGAUGACGCUGACCAGCUCCAUGGUUCCAGCUGUUCUACCCAGAGGUGUAGUGACACACCUGGACUCACUGUGGGAGGAACCAGAGCAUUUAAGGCUGCAGAUCCUGUUGGAUGCUCUCUGUGUGUCUCCAUUGUUGAAUUCGCUCCUCAUCCCCUCCAGUCUUCAGCUUGCCAUCUAUGCCACAGGUUAUUGGCUAAAUCACGCGCAGCCCGAGCCGAAGGCUGAAAUGUUCUGGGCUUUACUCAUCGGAUUGGUGUACGGUCACCUGUGCAGAAAUCAUCAGACCACUAUAGAGGCCAGAACAGUGGUUUCCAGACUUAAAAACUUGCAGGAGCGUAAAGGUCAGAAGCUGCUGGAUCUGGGGUUUGCUCACGCUUUGUGUCAGUGGCAGUCCUGUCUAAAGGACAGCUUCAAUCUGAACCAGCUGCUGAAUCAUCCAGUGCCGGAGCCGGAGUUAGCGAGCCUGUACAGCGGUUCUCUAGUCCACGCCGUCGCUCAGGAGCUGAUGAGGGGCGUCGAACCCGAAACCCUUCUCGCCGGAGCCUCGUUUGCCGUGGAGCUUUACCGGAAUCUACAGGCCAUGCUGGAGCGCGAGCUGGACGACCAGUUCAUUAUAAGAAUAAGGACGAGGGCAGGGCCGAGAGGGCAGAGAGCGCGGUGCGAUCCAGCCAAUGAUCUCAGCAAAAUGUUCCAACAUUUGACGACUGAUGAAGAGAAAGAUGAAGAGAAAGAUGACGGGUGUGACGUGUUUUACGAGGAAACCUGCAGCGCUCGCACCAGACACAUAAGCAGAGCUCACACGGUCGACCCGAGGGCCAAGAAGUACGAACGUGUGAAGUGGCGUUAGACACGACCGAGUCCGACAGAACUGAUCAGACACUGCGAUUGGAGUCACUUUAAUCUAAUUUAAUUAAUUCAUGAUAAAGGAAAUUAUUUGUCUGAAUUAUUCUGAUUUUAAUAGACGAAACUAGUCUGAUUCUACACUCAGAAGGAUCAGAAGUCAUUUUCUCUCAUGUUUUUAUCAUCUACAGAGUUUCUGCUCAUAUUUCUACUCCACUGUAACACUAACCAGCCUCCUUUCUUCAGUCUUACACUUCUGUUAGAUGCAGAAGGAUCAGAUCUCUCACCAAGACCUUCAUUAUUUAUAAUUAUUUAUAAAUUUAUAAAUAAUUAAGAAAACAUCCCCUCAGAUCUGGGAUGUUUUCUUAAUUAUUUAUAAAGUGUUCAAACAAACAGAAAAUGAAUAACCACCCAGACAGGUAUUAUUAUUAUUGUUAUUAUUAUUAUUAUUAUUGUUAUUAUUAUUAUUAUUAUUAUCAGUAGCGGUAGUUUGACUGUUGAAUGGUCUAACAGGGAUGGAUCAUUAAUCCCUGUGUUUAUUUUGGAUUACUCAGAUUAUUAAAGUAAGGAUCAGUUGACGUGAUUAGUUGUUGUGUUAAUAUUAAUGAUGAUGUAAUGAAGCUAAAGGAACGUUAAGGUUCAGCAGUAUUCUGAUCCUGUUCUGGGUGUAAUGUAGAGGUUCAUCACCUUCUGCUGUUUCAGUGUCUUCUCUACAAACAGAAAACAGAAUAAUGAAGUGAAUUUUUACUUUCUUUAAUGAAAAUAACCUUCAUGAAUAAAUUGUUGAAUCAUU